UCCCGGCGAGCCCAACAAAGGCGGCGGGGCCAUGGCGGGCCCCUCGCCCCGCUGCGAGCCGCCCUAAGCCCGCCGAGCACCGCCGCGAUGUGGCCGGGCCGCGGCGGGCGGCGCUGGGCGCUGGCGCUGGCCUUGGCGCUGGCUCUGGGUGGCCGCUGCCCCGCCGCCCCCAACGCCUCGGCCGGGCCCCCGCGCUGCCGCCGCCCCGCGCCCUGCGAGCGGCUCCGCUUCGGCGCCUGCCUGGGCUCGGCGCUGCCCUACGCCGCCACCUCCACGCUGCUGGCCACCGACUCCGCCUCGCAGGAGGAGGCGCACGGGAAGCUGCUGCUCUGGUCCGGCCUGCGCAACGCCCCGCGCUGCUGGGACGUCAUCCAGCCCCUGCUGUGCGCCGUCUACAUGCCCAAGUGCGAGGAUGGGCAGGUGGAGCUGCCCAGCCAGACCCUGUGCCAGGCCACUCGGGCACCCUGCACCAUCGUGGAGCGCGAGCGAGGCUGGCCCGACUUCCUCAAGUGCACCACCGACCGAUUCCCCGAGGGCUGCCCGAACGAGGUGCAGAACAUCAAGUUCAACAGCUCUGGGCAGUGCGAGGCGCCGCUGGUGCGGACGGACAACCCCAAGAGCUGGUAUGAGGACGUGGAGGGCUGCGGCAUCCAGUGCCAGAACCCGCUGUUCACCGCGCGCGAGCACCGCGAGAUGCACGUCUACAUCGCCUCCUUCAGCUCCGUCACCAUCCUCUGCACCUUCUUCACCCUGGCCACGUUUGUUGCUGACUGGAGGAACUCCAACCGCUACCCUGCUGUGAUCCUGUUCUACGUCAACGCCUGUUUCUUCGUGGGCAGCAUUGGCUGGCUGGCACAGUUCAUGGAUGGUGCCCGUGACGAGAUCGUGUGCCGGGCUGACGGCACCAUGAGGCUGGGCGAGCCCACCUCCAACGAGACGCUGUCCUGCGUCAUCAUCUUCGUCAUCGUCUACUACUCGCUGAUGUCGGGUGUCAUCUGGUUUGUCAUGCUCACCUACGCCUGGCACACCUCCUUCAAGGCCCUGGGCACCACCUACCAGCCCCUGCUGGGCAAGACCUCCUACUUCCACCUCAUCACCUGGUCCAUCCCCUUCGUGCUCACCGUGGCCAUCCUGGCCGUGGCGCAGGUGGAUGGUGACUCUGUCAGUGGCAUCUGCUUCGUGGGCUACAAGAACUACCGCUACCGAGCCGGCUUCGUGCUGGCCCCCAUCGGGCUGGUGCUCAUCGUGGGGGGCUAUUUCCUCAUCAGGGGGGUCAUGACACUCUUCUCCAUCAAGAGCAACCACCCCGGGCUGCUGAGCGAGAAGGCGGCCAGCAAGAUCAACGAGACCAUGCUGCGCCUGGGCAUCUUCGGCUUCCUGGCCUUUGGCUUUGUCUUCAUCACCUUUGGCUGCCACUUCUACGACUUCUUCAACCAGGCUGAGUGGGAGCGCAGCUUCCGGGAAUACGUGCUGUGUGAGGCCAACGUGACCAUUGCCACGCAGACCAACAAGCCCAUCCCGGAGUGUGAGAUCAAGAACCGGCCCAGCCUGCUGGUGGAGAAGAUCAAUCUCUUCGCCAUGUUCGGCACCGGCGUCUCCAUGAGCACCUGGGUCUGGACCAAGGCCACCCUGCUCAUCUGGAAGCGCACCUGGUGCAGGCUGACGGGGCAGAGCGAUGACCAGCCCAAGAGGAUCAAGAAGAGCAAGAUGAUCGCCAAGGCUUUCUCCAAGCGCAAGGAGCUGCUGCACAACCCGGGCCAGGAGCUGUCCUUCAGCAUGCACACCGUGUCCCACGAUGGCCCUGUGGCUGGGCUGGCCUUCAACAUCAACGAGCCAUCAGCUGACGUGUCCUCGGCGUGGGCCCAGCACGUCACCAAGAUGGUGGCCAGGAGAGGAGCCAUCCUGCCCCAGGACAUCUCCGUGACACCCGUGGCCACACCUGUGCCACCAGAGGAGAGGCCCAACCUGUGGCUGGUGGAGGCCGACGUGUCCCCGGAGCUGCAGCAGCGCAGCGGCCGCAGGAAGAAGCGGAGGAAGAGGAGGAGGAAGAAGAAGGAGGAGGAGGAGGAGGAGGAGCAGGGGGUGACCCCAGACCCUGAGCGCUGCCUGGGCGGCUCCAGCGUCCCUCGGCUGCCCCGCCUGCCCCCCCAGCCCUGCCUGGUGGCCUUUGCCCCCGACGUCCUGCCUGAUGUCACCUUCCCCGGGGGCGCGUGGGAGGGGCAGGGCCGCAGGGCCAACGUGCUGCACCUCAUCAGCAGCCCCUUCUGCCCCGAGGGCAGCAGCACCGAGCAGCAGGGCCCCUCUGCGGGGGGCUGGCAGCACAAUGGGGGCCCCCUGCGGCCCCCCAGGCCCGGCCCAGGGCUGCCCAGGACUCAGGGGGGCUGGGCAGGGCUGGCCCCCAUCCACUCCCGGAUCAACCUGGUGGAUGCAGAGCUGCUGGAGCCCGACUCGGACUUCUGAUGGGGGGCACCAGAACCCCCCUCACCCCUCUGGGAUCCAUCCCAGCUGAUUUCUCUCCCCUUGGGGGAUUCAUCUCCCAGCCUGGCCUGGAGGUUUUGGGAUUCCCUCCAGCAUCACUGGGAGAGGGGAGCUGUCAGGGAUUUAAGGAUCACAUUUGGGGACAGCUUAGAUCAGGGUAGAUUUUGGGCAGCUUUGGGGGUGCUGCCAGCCCUGGCUCUGCCCCACCCACAGCUAGAGGUACGUAGAGCUCACCCCACUUUAUAUUUUUUUAAAACUCCUGAUUUUUUUAAAGUUUGUAUCAUGAUGGGGACAUGAAUCCUCUGUUUACUGUGAGCCCAGCCAGGGGCAGCAGCUCAGCUCUGCACCCCUAUUUUGGGUUCACCCCACUCCUUCCAGAGACCCCAAAGUGCCUUCCAGCUCCCCAGAGAGCUCAGCCAGACCCAAAUCAGGAUUAGUGGGGUGGCAGCACCAGGGAGAUGGGAUGGGAAACACCUUGGAAGCAAAAAAAAAACCCCAAAAACCUCGGGGUGAAUCAGGGUCAGCAAUCUCUAGAGCAAA